UGCAGCAGCAGCGUGCCUUCUCGAGGUCGAUGACGUCCCUGCCGCCUGAGCCGUUUAUGAUCAUGCGUUCGAAGGCGCUGAACCGGCGCGUCUCGAUCAACGUUGGCGGCGUUAAACACGAGGUACUCUGGCGCACCCUCGAGCGAUUGCCGCACACACGUCUAGGCCGGUUGCGGGACUGCAACACCCACGAGGCGAUCACCGAGCUCUGCGACGAUUACUCCCUGAUCGACAACGAGUACUUCUUCGACCGACAUCCCAAGUCCUUCAGUUCGAUCCUUAAUUUUUAUCGCACCGGCAAGCUUCACCUGGUGGACGAGAUGUGCGUGCUAGCGUUCAGCGACGAUCUCGCCUACUGGGGAGUCGACGAGCUCUACCUCGAAAGUUGCUGCCAGCACAAGUAUCAUCAGCGUAAGGAGAACGUGCAUGAGGAGAUGCGCAAAGAAGCGGAGUCGCUUCGGCAACGUGAGGAGGAGGAGUUCGGCGACGGAAAAUGCGCCCAGUACCAGAAGUGGCUGUGGGAUCUCCUCGAGAAGCCGACCACAUCCAUUGCUGCAAGGUUUCUUGCCGGAGCUGUAAAUCGACCAAAGGUGAUAGCUGUGAUAUCAAUACUGUUUAUUGUGCUUUCGACGGUCGCACUAACUCUCAACACCAUUCCUAGUAUGCAAGUGAAUGAUGAAAAGGGGAACUUUCAAGACAAUCCGCAGCUCGCUAUGGUAGAAGCCGUGUGCAUCUCGUGGUUCACCCUCGAGUACCUGCUUAGGUUCAGUGCCUCGCCGGACAAGUGGAAGUUCUUCAAGGGCGGUCUUAACGUGAUCGAUCUGUUGGCGAUACUGCCGUACUUUGUAUCUCUGUUCUUGGUCGAGACGAACAAGAACGCGAACGACCAGUUCCAGGACGUGCGCAGGGUAGUGCAAAUUUUUCGUAUAAUGCGGAUCCUGAGGAUUCUGAAACUGGCUCGUCAUUCGACCGGGCUGCAGAGCCUCGGUUUCACCCUACGUAACUCGUACAAGGAGCUGGGUCUGCUGAUGCUCUUCCUGGCGAUGGGCGUCCUCAUAUUCUCGAGCCUCGCCUAUUUUGCCGAGAAGGAGGAGCCCGGGACCAAAUUCAUAAGCAUUCCAGAGACCUUCUGGUGGGCAGGCAUCACAAUGACCACCGUCGGAUACGGCGACAUCUACCCCACGACCCCGCUCGGCAAGGUGAUCGGCAGUGUGUGUUGUAUAUGUGGUGUCCUGGUAAUCGCGUUGCCCAUUCCCAUUAUCGUCAACAACUUCGCCGAAUUCUACAAGAACCAGAUGAGGCGGGAGAAGGCGAUCAAGAGGCGGGAGGCCCUCGAAAGGGCCAAACGGGAGGGCAGCAUCGUGUCCUUUCAUCACAUCAACCUGAGGGACGCCUUCGCCAAGAGCAUGGAUCUCAUCGACGUCAUCGUCGACACCGGCCACAACAUGUCCGGAGUAGAUGGUAACAGUACGGAGGGAGAGUCGGCGUGCGGACGCGGGCCCGCUCAGACCGGGCCCGGUUGUUAUCGUAACUACGAGCACGGUCUGCGACAUCGGCGCAGCGCGUCCAACGCCUGCUUCGCUAACUUGCCCAACGAUCUGCCCACCACGCCCGACAGUCCCAAUCGUCGGCUCCUCGACUUUGCUCAGAGUGUGCCGGGCGCUCAGAACGACGAUUAUUAUCCGGACGAGAUGUCGGUGCAGCACAUAAACCAGGGCAAUAUCACAUCUAGUCGAGCGGUGGCACCACCCUCCCUCCCACGGUUACCCACAGCCACCGUGUGUUUUAUUUAAGAGGAUGAUCUCUUCACGUACACACACAUCGUCGGCGAACAAGGUGGUGUCACUUAUUUUGCACGCACUCACUCUCAGCUUCAUUGGAGUCGCGUUACAACGCAUGCGUGUGUGUGCAAACGCGCGCGCGCGCGCGCGCGUAUAUAUAUAUUAUACUUCACGCUUCGUGCAAUUUGUACAAUUAAUUAAUUAGCUCUCGUUCGGUAUGUAUUUUGCGCCGACCUCUUUACACGAUUUGUGUUCUUUUCGUUUGAGUGUUGCUUCGAUGACGACGAAGAUACGAAUCGCACAAAGGGUCGAAAAGGUUAUUGGUGGAACGAAAUAUUAGGUGGACGGAGAAGAAAUUUAUCUGUUCUGAGACACAUAACUGUGUUCGUAUGCGUAAAACAAAACGGCGAGAGACUUGUGAAACUUGCGCGAAAAAGCGCAAUCGUCUUGCCUCACAAGGACACAAGAGAGAACUUUUCUCAAAAUGCAGUGUUAUAUCUCAUGAGUAUCUUAUUUUUCUUACGGGAAUUCUUGCCAGAUUUACGAACUUGAAAUAUAAAUGCGCGCAUUUCAAUCUUCAAGAGAUACAAUCCCUUGGCACAGAGAAGCACCAUCCUCCCUCCUCCCGUUCCCAGGAUAAGUAAGAGAGAGAACUGCGUUGGAAAAAAAAAAAGUGCGAAUUAUCAACGAAAUUUUCUCUGUUAUUGUGUCACGCGAAUCUGUUUUUGUUUUUUUGUUUUUUUUUUAAUGUUUUUUCGCUUUUUUGGCGCACAGUAGAGCGACUCUAUAAUGACGAGUAAUAUCUUUCACUUCCUGUCCAUCUAAUAUAUCUUGACUCCAACUCUAGAUGAAGAAGCAUUGGCACACACAAAACAACAAAAUAGCACAUCAAUAAAAAAAAAAAAGAAAACCAAUUAGAUAUAAUUGCCUUUUUUACGAGCGCGCGCGCGCGCGCACUGUACACGAGUCCUGGUCAGUUGUCAAUUUAUUCCCGUACUAAGUACUAGCUCAAAAGAAAGUUUUUACGAAUUAAGAGAGAUUCACGCGAGCUUAUAUCCGGAAACCGGUUUGCAGCAUCCCUCGCGGUAAACCGAUUUCGAUCGGGAGCGGAAUCCCGACGGUUUUUUUGCGCCUCCUCCUCUCUCACGGACCUUUUUGAUGUCGCUAUG